UGGAAUAACAAAAAUGGAAAGAAAAUGCUUAUUUUUGGUAUAGUACAGUCCCCUGUAUUUCGCGGGUCCGAUAGGUAAAACGAUUUUUUCUCGUUUCAUUUUCCUCGUAAAGCAGCAAAUGCCAACUUACGUAAUCAAGAUUCGUCCAUCUUCUUCCCCCCACGAGCAUUUGAUUCUACCUCAGGUAUAAUUGAUCUUGUGCUCAGUGGGGAUUGAUUUGAAAAAAGCACCAAAAUUAAGAAAAAUGUCUGGUUUUGUUGGUGUUGUUGUUUCUGAUCAAUGGCUUCAGAGCCAAUUCACCCAAGUCGAGCUUCGUGGCCUCCAUUCCAAAUAUGUUUCUGCGAGGAAUGAAUCUGGAAAGGUCACACUGGGAGAUCUGCCGCACGUUAUGUGCAAACUUAAGGCCUUCAAAGAUAUUCUUACUGAGGAUGACAUUAGCCACAUAUUAAGCGAGUCAUCUUCUGAUAUGACUGAAGAAAUCGAUUUUGAAUCCUUUCUUCGGGCGUAUCUAGAUUUACAAGGACGAGCUACUGCUAAAUUGGGUAAUACAAAAUUAAAAACGUCGUCCUCAUUCCUCAAGGCCAGAACCACCACAAUUCGUCACAACAUUAGUGAAUCUGAAAAGACUUCAUAUGUUGCCCACAUCAAUAGCUUUCUCAGAGAUGACAAGUUUUUGAAGGAUUAUCUUCCUAUUGAUCCAUCUACCAAUGCACUCUUUGAUCUGGCGAAAGAUGGUGUUCUUCUAUGUAAGCUUAUCAAUGUUGCUGUCCCUGGUACUAUAGAUGAGCGCGCUAUUAAUACCAAAAAGGUUCUUAAUCCGUGGGAGAGGAAUGAGAACCACACUCUUUGCCUCAAUUCCGCCAAGGCAAUCGGUUGCACAGUGGUCAAUAUUGGCACCCAGGAUUUAGUUGAAGCAAGACCUCAUCUGGUUGUUGGGCUGAUUUCUCAAAUUAUCAAGAUACAACUAUUAGCUGAUCUCAAUUUGAAGAAAACUCCGCAACUUGUGGAAUUGGUGGAGGACAGCAAGGAUGUGGAGGAGCUCUUGGGUUUGCCUCCAGAAAAGGUUUUACUGAAAUGGAUGAACUUCCAUCUAAAGAAAGCAGGCUAUAAGAAGCAAGUCAAUAAUUUUUCAUCUGAUUUAAAGGACGGAGAGGCCUAUGCUCAUUUGUUGAAUGUUCUUGCACCUGAACAUGGUACAACCACCACACUAGAUGCUAAAGAUCCAACUGAAAGAGCAAAUUUGAUUCUUGAGCAAGCAGAGAAAAUGGAUUGCAAAAGAUAUGUUACUCCACAAGACAUUGUAGAGGGAUCCACAAACUUAAAUCUUGCAUUUGUUGCACAAAUAUUCCAACACAGGAAUGGAUUGUCAGUGGACACGAAGAAAAUAUCUUUUGCUGAGAUGAUGGAAGAUGAUGCUCAAACAUCUCGAGAAGAAAGAUGCUUCCGGUUGUGGAUGAAUAGCCUUGGAAUUGAUACUUACAUAAACAAUCUAUUUGAGGAUGUGCGAGCAGGGUGGGUGCUACUGGAGGUACUCGACAAGAUUUCGCCAGGAUCAGUCAACUGGAAGCAAGCAACAAAACCCCCUAUUAAGAUGCCUUUUAGGAAAGUUGAGAAUUGCAACCAAGUCAUAAGGAUUGGAAAAGAACUGAAUUUCUCCCUUGUCAAUGUAGCUGGAAAUGAUAUUGUACAAGGAAACAAAAAGCUCAUAUUAGCCUUUUUGUGGCAGCUAAUGAGGUUUACAAUGCUGCAACUGUUGAAGAACUUGAGGUUUCAUGCCCAAGGAAAGGAGAUAACAGAUGCUGACAUCUUAAAUUGGGCAAACAGUAAAGUGAAGAGUGCAGGCAGAAAAUCACAAAUGGAAAGCUUCAAGGACAAAAGUCUAUCAAAUGGGAUGUUCUUCCUAGAACUUCUUAGUGCAGUGGAGCCAAGGGUCGUGAAUUGGAGCGUUGUAACUAAGGGAGAAACAGACGAAGAUAAGAAGCUUAAUGCAACUUAUAUAAUCAGUGUUGCGCGGAAACUUGGAUGCUCCAUCUUUUUAUUGCCAGAGGAUAUAAUUGAGGUAAACCAGAAGAUGAUCCUUACUCUCACAGCAAGCAUCAUGUUUUGGAGCUUGCAACACAAAGGUGGAACGCCAGAGACCAUCCUUGAAGAAGACAGUGCUGCUUCCGAUGAAUCUCCAGCAGCAGCCGCUGAUGGUGAGAAUGCUUCUUCCUAAGUCAGAAAUGGAGCAGCAACAAGACAGAUAGAAUUUCAUGAAAAUAAAUAGAUAACAUCGUUCAUAUUGUCACUCAUGGGUGGGAAUGCUUCUUCUGAUUUGGUCCUCAGCCUUUGUUUUCAAGAGGACAAAUCUCAUAUAGUUGGUCAAUAUGUCUUGUCAAUUACCUAUAUAAUUUGUUUAGUCGCUACUAUUUAUCACCACAAAGUGGUUAGGGUGGUAAAAGGGAAGAAAAAAGCAACUGUAUAUUUUUUUUUCAGAAUCUUUAGGCUCCCUGGAUUUAACAGAAUACCAGGGAUUUCAAAUAGACAGCUAUUGUGUUUC